GUGCGAACUGACGGUCUCGAGGGGGGGCUGGAGCAUUGUUGAGGGAAGGGCGAAAGGGAUGGAUGGAUGAUGGACGAGAGGCCAGACAAGGAUGGAUGGACAGACGAGGGUAGACAAGGAUAGGCAAAUUACUGGACCAGAUGUCCAUCACCCCACUAGUCUAGGCCGACACAAUAAGGUAGCGGACAUUGCCGCGUCUGCCAUCCGCCUGGCUGGCGCCCCAUUGCGUGCCCGUGCCCCAGCAACUGGGUCCGAGACAAACGCUGGGGCUCCCCGCGCUGGGGCAUGCUGCUGUCAUCAGGCUGCGUGACCCAGCAAUGGCGUUGCUAUUGGUUCAGAAAAAUGUUGAGGCUCCCAGUGCUGAGGCACACUGCCGCCGUCGCGGUGCUCACCCCAGCAACCACGCUGCCGUGGGACCAGAAAAAUCUGAGGUACCCGGCAUUAAGGCACGUUGCCGUCGUCGCGUUGCUUACUCCGGCAACUGCUCGCUCGGAUCGUUCCAUCGAUUCAGCUCACGACCGCCACACCUGUAGCACCAACUCAUAUACCUCUUACCCCUGGAGGCGAAGGGGUGGGCCCAAACGUGUGACUCGGAAAACUGUGCGUCCUAGCCGCGACCAAGAUACAACACGAUCGUUGGAUGAUACGCUUUCUAUCCCUCAGCCCCCUAUGCCACCUUCACUCGUCUCUACCGGUUACAACUUCGGACUCAAACUCCUCUCCUGGUUCAUUGCCAGGCCCUCAUUUUUCCCUCACGGUCACUGCGCCGUCUGGGAUCAGUUAUGAACCAACAUAUUCAGAUGAAGAAGGCGACCAUGUGCAUGAGGACGACACUGGCAAGAAAAACUUCGACUUCACCGGCGAACUUAAUCGUCUGAACCAGGGUGGUGUACGACUUAGCUUCGUAGAAACA